GGAGGGCCCGCGCAGCCCCCGAGGGCGGGAGCGACGCCGCCGGCGCCGGCCCGGCUCCCUGCGCUACCGCGCCGCCUGCGGCGGGCCCCGAGCAGUAGCAGCGGCGGCGGCAGCAGCAACAGCAGCAGCAGCAGCAGCCGCCGAGGCCGGGCGUGCGCCUGAGGCGGCGGCGGCCCUGCGGGCGGCCGGGAGGGGCGGGGGCAGCGGCCGCCGCCGUUUGAUGGAUCCGAGGAUCGCCUGGUUCCAGCCAGAGCAGCUCGGACCGUCCAACAGUCUGUGGAUGCAGAUCUGGGAGACGACCCAGGGGCUGAGGAACCUCUACUUCAACCACCACUGUCAUAGCAGCGGCGGCGCGAGCGGCGGCGGCGGCAGCAGCACGUCCACCGGCGGGAGCGGCAGCAGCACCGGCAGCCCCGGCGGCGCGGCCCCGGCCCCGGCUGGCAUGUACCGCUCCGGGGAACGCCUGCUGGGCGGCCACGCGCUGCCUGCAGAGCAGCGGGACUUCCUGCCUCUAGAGACGACCAACAACAACAACAACCACCACCAGCCCGCGGCCUGGGCCCGCCGGGCUGCCGCGGGUCCCUCGGCCUCCUCGUCCCCCUCGGCACCCUCGUCCCCGCACCCCUCUGCCGCCGUCCCCGCCGCCGAGCCCGCUGACCCGGCCUCGGGCAGCAGCAACAAGAGGAAGCGCGACAACAAGGCCAGUACCUACGGACUCAACUACAGCCUGCUGCAGCCCAGCGGAGGGCGGGCCGCGGGGGGUGGCCGGGCCGACGGCAGCAGCGGGGGCGUGUACAGCGGGACCCCGUGGAAGCGGAGGAACUACCACCAGGGAGUCGUGGGUCUGCAUGAAGAAAUUAGUGAUUUUUAUGAAUACAUGUCCCCAAGACCUGAGGAGGAGAAGAUGCGGAUGGAGGUGGUGAACAGGAUCGAGAGUGUGAUUAAGGAGCUCUGGCCCAGCGCUGACGUCCAGAUAUUUGGAAGUUUUAAAACUGGCCUGUAUUUACCUACUAGUGACAUCGAUCUUGUGGUGUUUGGGAAGUGGGAGAAUCUACCCCUCUGGACCCUGGAAGAAGCUCUUCGGAAACACAAAGUUGCAGAUGAGGAUUCAGUCAAAGUUCUAGACAAAGCAACUGUACCUAUUAUUAAAUUAACUGAUUCUUUUACUGAAGUGAAAGUUGAUAUCAGCUUUAAUGUACAGAAUGGCGUGAGAGCAGCUGACCUCAUCAAAGAUUUUACCAAGAAAUAUCCUGUAUUGCCAUACUUGGUUUUAGUGUUGAAACAAUUCUUAUUACAGAGGGACCUUAAUGAAGUAUUUACGGGUGGAAUUGGUUCUUACAGUCUCUUUUUAAUGGCAGUCAGUUUCCUUCAGUUGCAUCCCAGGGAAGAUGCUUGCAUCCCCAAUACAAACUAUGGUGUUCUCUUAAUAGAGUUUUUUGAAUUAUAUGGACGACACUUCAAUUAUUUAAAGACUGGCAUCCGGAUAAAGGAUGGUGGUUCAUAUGUGGCCAAAGAUGAAGUACAGAAAAAUAUGCUAGAUGGCUACAGGCCAUCAAUGCUUUAUAUUGAAGAUCCUUUACAACCAGGUAAUGAUGUUGGAAGGAGUUCAUAUGGGGCCAUGCAAGUGAAACAGGCCUUUGAUUAUGCCUACGUUGUAUUGAGUCACGCUGUAUCGCCAAUAGCAAAGUAUUAUCCCAACAACGAAACAGAGAGCAUAUUAGGUAGAAUAAUUAGAGUAACGGAUGAAGUCGCUACAUAUAGAGAUUGGAUAUCAAAGCAGUGGGGCUUGCAGAAUAGGCCUGAGCCUUCAUGCAAUGGAAAUGGUGUUACCUUGAUAGUAGAAACUCAGCAGUUAGAUAAAUGUAAUAAUAAUCUAUCUGAAGAAAAUGAAGCCCUUGGAAAAUGUAGAAGUAAAACUUCGGAAUCUCUUAGUAAAAACUCUUCAAACUCUUCAUCAGGUCCAGUGUCCUCCUCUUCUGCCACGCAGUCCAGCUCUAGUGAUGUAGAUUCCGAUGCAACACCCUGCAAAACCCCCAAACAGCUGCUCUGUCGUCCAUCUACUGGGAACCGAGUUGGGUCACAAGAGGUGUCCUUGGAAACUUCUCAGGCAGUUGGGAAAAUGCAGAGCACCCAACCCACUAACACAUCCAACAACACCAACAAAUCUCAGCAUGGAUCAGCAAGGCUCUUUCGUACCUCCAGCAAAGGCUUCCAAGGUACAACUCAAACAAGCCAUGGUUCCUUGAUGACAAACAAACAACAUCAAGGCAAAUCCAAUAAUCAGUAUUACCAUGGCAAAAAGAGGAAACACAAGAGGGAUGCACCCCUCUCAGACCUUUGUAGAUAGUUGGCACUGUGAGGUGGACUGUCUUCUGUGCGCAACGAUCUCAUGCUCAGGACAGUUGCACAGGGACUCCUGGGAGACGUUCAGGAGCCUCACACUGUUCAGACGUUGAUUUAGCAACUGCGUUUUUUCCCAGCUCGCCACGGAAUGGAUCAUGAAGAAUGACAACUGCAAAAACAUAAAGCAAGCAAAAAAGGGGGAAAAAAAGGCUGCUUAUUUGAUAAGUCAUAUGCUACAACAGGGUCAUUUUAAGAUUUAAAGCUUGAAUGUAAAAUACAUAUAUUUCUCAUUGGCUUUAUGCAGAGUUAUAGGGAGUAGUAUUCAGUGUGGGUAGGGUGAUAGAAACAAAAAAUUUCAGAAGAUGGGGUGGGGAAGGAAAACAAAGGUAUCUUAUAGGAAGUCCAGAUUCCAAAGGGGAAAGUGAUCUGUGCAUGUUUUUUUUUUUUUUCUCCCCUAAUAUUUUUGCAUAUAUUUACCAUUUUAUUGUGUGUAUAUAUAGAAGACCAUAUAGGAAAUUGAUAUUUGUAAUAGUGGAUUUGUUAAUACUUUUUACAUAACAUUACUGUUUAAAUUGUAAACAGAUUUUUUUCUCAGGAUUAGUUUGAAAAAUAAUCUGAAUUGUCAUCUUAACAUCCAUCUAUGGAAAAGUGAUUAGUUCUAUUACUCAAUUUGUUUUCCUCAGCAUUGAAAUGACUUAAUAGAAGCGUUGUGACCUGCUGCAAAAUUUUUUCCUCUCUAAAGAAAAGGUUUAUGGUGGCAAAUGACAUUUAUUUUAUUUUGUAAAAAGAAAAAAAAAUAUAUAUAUAUAUAUAUAUAUGUACUAUGUACUUUUGUGUAAACACUGAAGAAUCUCUGGUCAUCUCUGAGAACUAACUUGCAACUGUUUUCUAUAGUGCUGUCGUCUUGGGCAAUGGGCAAUGACAUGACUUUGUUUGUUCCUUUGCAGUCUUUCUCCCCCCCAUCCCCCUUCUUCCUUAUAGGGGAAAAAAAGGCCACCUGCGUCUGGUCUCAUUCCUGUUGCAGUGAAACCUCAGGUUCC